AUGGCUCGACCAAGUCGUAUCCACCUUGAUGCUGGCCACGACGAGUCCGAUACCGGAUACAAUUUAUACCUAGACUCGGCCUUGAAUCGGUUGGACUCAGAUGACUCGACCGAUAUUUCGAUACCCUUUAAUGCAGUUGACAGUGGGCCUUACUAUCAAUCAAUGAUUGAUACCAUAGUAGAAGCAAGUCCAGACAUCAAGGGUCCCACUGGAUACCAAAUUGGAAAUGCAUAUUUGGAAGAGGAGGUGCAAGAGCUUGAGUUCUCCAACCAUUCGAAAAUUAAAGUUCGAUUAAAGGAAGUUAUCAAGAGAUUAGAGGCAGAUUUUGAUAGACAAGCAAAAGCUAUUAACGAGGUGAAAUUAUUUGUUGACGGCAGAAGAGAAUUUGGAAGUACACUUACAAAGAAAGAAAUAAAUCAACCUCUUCCAGGUCUUCCUACUAAUGAAGAAGGUAGAGAAACAAUUCAUGAAGAUGAUGGUGCCACAAAUCGUAGAGUUGGUAGGUGUACAAGUAAUGCUACACAAGAAAGAGAUGUUGAUUCCCGUCGUAAAGGUAAGGCUUCUAGAAAAAUUUCUUCAAGUUCUAGUAGUGAUGAUGGUGACAAUGAGGGCAAUAAGCGGGGUGGUGGCACUAGCGGGGGCAAUAGAGGAAUUGGUGGCACUGGUGAGGGUACUGGAGGAUAUGGUAGCACUGGGGGUGGUUAUGAAUUGCCAACCCAAUUUGUAUAUUCGUCAUACGACUGA